ACUUAAUUUGACAUAUCGCACAUGGUUUGUUCGUGUUUUUUUGGAAGACUGAGUUUGAAGUUGGUUUUAAUUACGAACUAACAAUUAGCCCAUAUUCGUUUAAUUUUCACAUAAUCAGUCUGUUUCACAAGUCGUUUGAGUGAGGGGACUUCCCUCAGGGGAUUAAUUUCUCCAGGUUUGUUACACUCUGCCAAGACCAACUAGAUCUAGAAUUACUGACAAUUAGUAACAGGGACGACAUCGUAAUAAUGUCGACAGAACCCUUGCUAAAUCCUGUGGUGCUCGACGUCAUAUUCGCAAAUCUCGACGUUCCUGACUUGAAAAGUGCACGUCUCGUGUGCCGAGAAUGGCGCGACGUUGGUGCCAGCUGUUUAGGAAAGCGGACCUAUCUCGACCCCAACAAGCUGUUCCCCUUCACGGACGGAAAAUAUGCAAGCGAAUCGGAACUCGUCGAUCCCAAACUUAUGAGGCGCCUCACCCUCUGGGACUGUUUUCAUCCUUCCGUCCCAGCCGAUAAGAGGACUCAUGACCGCGCGGACGUCCUCUUCCGCACCCCCCACGUGGCCGACUUGACCCACGAAAUCCAUUUCCUCGUCUCCAUGAACACAUUUACCUCCAAAUUUGUCAUAGCGAUGAGGAACUUUGAGGCACGGCUUCUUAAACACGUUUCCCUCGUGGUUUACACCAACACAAAAAGUAUUGAGCACAAGGGUCCAUUUCCGACGUGUGACAAUUUUUUCCCACCGCGACCUUCCUUGACUUCGAUGAAGUUCGAAUAUGAGAUGACCCCGGUCAAGAUACGUCGUCACAAAUAUGGCCUGCACCAGUUUCGACCGCUCUUCCGCGCUUGGAUCGUUUCCGCUGUAAAUUUGGCCGUUUUGGAAGUCGCGGACUGUUUCUGUCCUAAUUUAGAGGACUGCUCGAAUCUGAAAGUUUUAAAGUUCCAUUUUCUACGAUGUGAUGAUCGCUUCAGUGGGAAUUUGGAGUUGGGCGCGGUCACCGAAAUGCUUAGUCAGGUGAAGGAUUCCUUGGUCGAGUUAGAGUUGAGAUACUCGUGUCGCGACCGUUUACACAGAUAUCAGACGGAAAAACUUGACCUUCCCGUCAUGUCCAAACUCGCCUCUCUCAUUCUUCAUGCCGCCGAUAUUUACCAAAUUCAGGACUGUUUGGAUGAAGCCCACCUCCCAAAGUUGGUCCACCUCUCACUAGACAAAUCCUUUUCCGCAUCGACGACGCAAAUUCAUGAAAAUCUCCGCAAACGACAUGAAGGAAUCCAAUCUCUCGCUGUGAUAAUGGACUGGCGUUGGAAAAAGGAAGCCAUCGCGGGAAAAAUGGUCAACUUGUUCCCCUCAGUGAAGAAACUUGACUUCAGGAUGGUCCUCUUGGGCGACGUUUUCUCCCCCAACGGCCUGAACGAGCUCUUGGAACCGUUCAGGUUGUGGGGUUUGGAGCAGAGCAAUGUUCGUGUACGAGUGGUGAAUAACUCGUCUCUGUUGGUCGCUGUUUUGAGAAACGUUUCGAAUUGGAAAGGCAAGAAAACAGCGGAGUUUAAUCAAAUUCGUGUUACCCAGAAAAAUUUUGUUCCUUGCAUUGAAGACGUUAUUUUGUACAGUGGAGGAUUCGAAAAAGUGAAAAUGUCUGGAUUUGCAGAACCGAAAAUUGUGAAAACCAUUCGAACCAUUUUUAAAGACAGAAGUGUUCCAAUCAAUUUCACGGGGGGUGUUCAUACCAAGUAGUUUUGGAGAAAUUUGAGAAGUUGGUAAUUUGGGUUGCUUUGAUUUUUAGAAAUAGAGUAUUAUUUGUUUAUUUCAUAUUUUAAUAUCACAAUUCCUAGUACAUACUCAAUUUUUAAAAAAUAUAUUUAUUUUAAGUUGACAAUAAUAUAAUAAUUUGAGUUUGUUGAGUUCGACGUCAAAGUUGUGCAGCUACUGAUUAUAAUUAAUUAAAAUGGUAGACGUUCAAUAUAUAUUUAAUUUAUUUAUAUUUUUACAUCUCUCCAUUUUAAUUAACGUGGAGAAUAGUUAAAUUUAAUAAACUCGUAAUCACCCAAUAUUUUUUUUAAGUAAUUACUUGCAAAACUUAAAACUAUGCGGAAUAAAUAUGUAUUUAAUAGAG